CCCCAUUGUCACCUCCACCCUACAGCCACCCCCGCCCCACUGUCACCUCUGUCCCUUUCCUACUUCUGUGUGAUGCCCAGCCCCACCACCUCCAUCCUGCAGCCCUGUCCCCUCGUGUCACCUCUGCUCCCCUUUGUGUUGUCCCCUCGUGUCACCUCUGCUCCCCUUCAUGAUGUCCCCACGUGUCACCCCUGGUCCCCUUUGUGUUGUCCCCUCAUGUCACCUCCAUUCCUUGUGAUGUCCCCUCGUGUCACCUUCACGAUGUCCCCGUAUGUCACCUCUGCUCCCCUUUGUGUUGUCCCCACGUGUCACCUCUGGUCCCCUUCAUGAUGUUCCCCCAUGUCACCUCCAUUCUCCUUCAUGAUGUCCCCUCGUGUCACCUCUGUCCCCUUCAUGUCCCCCCAUGUCACCUCCAUUCCUUGUGACAUCCCCUUGUGUCACUCCUGCUCCCCUUUGUGUUGUCCCCCCAUGUCACCCCAUUCCUUGUGAUGUCCCCUCGUGUCACCUCCAUUCCCCUUCAUGUCCUCCCCAAUUGUCACCUUCCUUCUCUCUUUUAUUGUCCCCUCGUGUCACCUCCGUUCUCCUUCACGAUGUCCCCGUGUGUCACCUCUGCUCCCCUUUAUGUUGUCCCCCCAUGUCACCUCACCUCCAUUCCUCCUGAUGUCCCCCCGUGUCACCUCCCCUCUCCUGUCACUGCGUGACCCCCCGAUGUCCCCACACGUCCCCUCCUGACCCCCCGAUGUCCCCACAGUUGUGUGUUACAACGGUGGCACCCACGACGGCAUCAAAUGCCUCUGCCUCUCCAACUUCUAUGGGCCGCAGUGCGAGUUCCCCAUCGACACCAUCGACACCUCCCUCUCGUCCUCCAGCACCACGGUGGCUGCGGCGGAUCUGGACGUCACCAUCACCAACUUCAACUACACCGAGGAGUUGGAGGACCAACAGUCGGAAGCGUUCCUCGAGUUUGGGGAGCACUUCCAGAAGGAGAUCGGGAAAAUCUACGGCAGCGUCCCCAGCUACAAGGGGGUGAAGAUCCUCGACGUCGGGAUCGGCGUCGUCGUGACCCACCGGGUCGUCAUCACCACCAGCGCCGACGGCCCCAAUGUCACCGCCGAGAUUUUUGGGGUCACCGAAGCCCUGGUGGAGAAACUCCGCCAGACCGAGAGCAGCCAGGGGAACUGCCAGCAAAACGCCUGUGGGUCACACACCCCAACGGCCCCAUAUGGCCCCAUACGGCCCUAUAUGGCCCCAUAUGGCCCCAUGUGGCCCUAUAUCGACCCCCAAUCACCCCCAAUCGCUCGCAGCCCCCCACUGGCGGCACCCAUUGGUACGAGUUGGACGCCGACUUCUGGGAGUCACCCGACGGCUUCGUCUACAGCAACAGCACCGCAG